UAUAUCUUGUGUUUUGGAAUCAGCUAAAAUAUAUUUAGAAGCAACAUCAGUUUUUAAUUUCAAUUCAUUGCAAUUAAAACAUCUGUUUGAUAGAACAUAUGUCUGGAUUACCAAAAGCAAUAUUAAACUGGUUGUUAAAUAAUAUCCUUUAAAUUUAAUAUCCCAUAAAAAAUCUUUAUAUUUGAGUGGAGAAUCAUAAACAUGUUAAAUAUUUUAUUUAUAUUUAAUUCUUCAGGAAAUAAUUGGAUUCUGAGAUCAUGUGACUGCAAAAUUUCAAGAAAUGAAUGAAAAUUGGUUGCAAGUUUUUAUUACAAGUUUAGUUCUUCUAUAAAGGAAAAGGUUUUCCAAAAGAUACAAUGCCUGAUACACAAUCCAAUGUAGUGCCAUCUUUAGGUUUUCUUGCUUUAAAAGUAUGCUCGCAAUUCCCACUGCAUACACUUGUUGAAAAGUGCACACAACCUGCUGAUUUAUUUAACAACAAAUCCCUUUCAGAUUCUGUGCAGUAUAUAUGUCUUAAGCCAAACUUUUUUAUACCUAGCAACAUCAGCGAACCUUUGGUACAAUAUAUUCUGAAGAACCAUCCGGAUUUUUAUAUUGAAUUGUUUACAGACACUAAAAGAUGUAGACUUUCUCAGCUUGACCUAUCCGUUAAAUCAAUAAAUUGUUCUCUUAACCAGAAUGCAGUUGAAAAGUUGAUGAUGCACCCAUUAAGCACUCUUUAUUUAAGUGAGUGUAAGUUCUCACUUCAAACAUUUUCUGCAAUUGCUAAUUGUGCAUCAACUUUGCAGCAACUAGAUUUAAGUUUUGUGUCUGGUUUUAAAGGUUGUUUAGUUUUAAAAGAACUUGUUAACUUGGUGAAACUAAACUUGAGGGGUGCAGAUAUAGACUUUAAUAGGAAUCAUUUUAAGCAUAUUGGAAACUUAGUUCACUUGGAAUGGCUGGAUCUAUCAGAAACACCAGUUAAAAUGAUAUUAUUAGAAGAACUUCGGGGUUUGAAGAACUUGAAGUGGCUAUCACUAUACAACUGCACACAGUUGAAAAAUAAUGCUAGGUUAGUUGAUUUACUUUUAAACUUCAAGAAAUUAGUUCAUUUGGAUAUUUCGAGUAACCCAUCUGGAUCUUUUUACUUGGAUAAAUCAUCUAAAAUUGUAACAUCAAAUACCUUAGCAGCCCUGGCACAGUUACCCAUGUUGAUGUCUCUUGAUAUAUCAGGUUCUAUGGGUUUAAAAGGUGAUGACAUGAUACCAUUCCAGAAAAGGGAGCAUAAGUUAUCAUUUUUAGGACUUUAUGAAACAGGCCUCUCAUUUCAUUCAAAUGUUCCUGCUGAUAAAGUUGCUGGGGAAGCCAAUGAGGAACAAAUCCUUUUUGUGAUUGAAACUUAUUAUGAUAGAAUAAAAUUUAUUUCAUCUGCGUUUCGGAAAUUGUUUUCAUUGGUAAGAGACCAUCUCUGUUCCCAGCUAAAACGCUGCAUGGAGAACAUUGUCAAGGCAAUGGAAAGAUUCAAAAACGAUUACGACAUCCAUAUUGCUUCAACUGCCUUACUUUAUCACAUGACCAAAGAGGAUGAUUAUGCAAAUCAGGAUCCCUUACUUAGAAGAGUUAUAGUUAGCGCAAUUUUAACAAGCAUGGAGACUUUUCAACACAGUUUCCAGCUGCAAAAGAACAGUUGUCUCGCUUUGACAAACUACACGUUUCCUGCUGAAGUGGAAUUCAUGUACAUGAGGGUUGUAGAUGCAUUUUUGAUUGCCUUGAUUAAUCAUACAGACAGAUAUUUACAGCGAACUACAUUACUUUUAUUUAAUCACUUGAUUUGUCACAGUACCCAAUCCCAAAAAGAAGAUGUUGGAAAGAGAGGGGCUGUUCACAUAAUUUUGCAAAUAAUGAAUUUAAGAAUUCAAGAUAAUGAGACAUUAGGAGAAGCUUGCAUAUUUUAUUAUCAUUUUUGUAGAAGUGAAGUACUUAUUACUUAUUGUUGGACUUUUUUAUGGAAUAUAACAGAUGAAACAGCUGACAACUGUGUUGAAUUCUUUAAUCGACAUGGAAUGCAAUUAUUUGUAGAUUGUCUUUAUAGAUUUCCUAAUUCUGUAGAACUUCACAAAACAAUGAUGGGUGUUAUGGGAAAUAUUGCAGAGGUUAAGCUAUUAAGACCACUUUUAAUGGAAGAACCCAUUAUUGACUUGUUUAUCUCUCGAUUACAACCUGAGUUUGAUUUGGAAGUUAGAUACAAUUCUGCUGGCAUUUUAUCAAAUUUGCUUGUUGAAGGUGAAAGUGCAUGGAAUCACAGUUAUAUUUCAAGAUGCUGUUGCAUGAUAAAAAUAAUUGAAUCUGUUAAUUCAUGGGAUUUACGAUCAAGAAGAAAUAUAAAUUACAGAUCUUUUAAGCCAUUAUUGAGUUUGCUUGAUCAUUACGAAACGCCUGCUGCACAACAUUGGGCAAUAUGGGCGAUUGCUAGUAUGGCUUCAAUGUAUUCCACAAAAUAUUGUAGAAUGAUUAUUGAAGAGAAUGGGCUCGAGUAUGUUAACAGAUUGCUUCAAUCAAAUCUGAGUCCUGAAACGAAUUAUUUUGCUUCCAUAGUUAUAGAUGCUUGCAUAAAUUAUUAGAAAUAAAAGCUGAUUACGAGGGUAAAUUAAAAUAAAUGUGAUUACUUUGACUUACUCUGUCAA